AUGGGAACAUUUACUAGAAAAUUUUUUAAUAGAGCUUUAUCUUUUGGUUUUGGAUUUCUGGGUCUUUACUCGUUUGCAAAUCCAGAUUUAGAGCGAAUUUGGGAACUUCACCCAGCCUUCGAUCAAAAAGACUAUGCCUUCCUCUCAUUUUACAAAGUUAAUGAAAAUGAUUAUAAUGAAUUUGAAAAGGGAAUUAAGGGUUUAACUAGAUAUUUACAAAGGAAAUCAGGAUAUGGAUAUACUAGAUUAGUAAGACUAGUGGAUAUGGAUGAUCAAAGUGAUUUAUUAUCGGAUUAUGACUACGUAGGCACACAAACAUGGUUUACUCCUGAUUUAAUGAAAAGUGCGUUGGAUUCUUCCUUUUCACAGAAGAUUAUUUCAAAUAUUAGGAUGCAAAAUAAUUUCAACUCUCAGCUCUUCAAAAUUGUAGUCGAUGAUUCCUCCUACACACCCUAA